CCAUAGCAGCCGGGAUUAGCAACGGGCGGGGGCCCCCGCAGUUCGGCUUUCAGCGCGGCGGGGCGGAGGGCGGCGCUGCGAGUGCCUGAGAGAGGAGCGGCGAGCAGCUGUGCUGCCCUGCAUCCCUCCUCACGCCGCCACCCGAGCAGCAGCCCCGAGACUCUUGUGCUCCCUCCAAACAUGGAUUUAUUCUUCUUGAGGUUACUCGCGGUGGCCUGGCUUCACCUGGAGGCUGGGGCGGAGUUUGACGGAAGGUGGCCCAGACAAAUAGUCUCCUCUAUGGGAUUGUGUCGGUUUGGAAGUAGAGUUGAUUGCUGCUGGGGCUGGGCCCGUCAGUCAUGGGGGCAAUGCCAACCUUUCUACGUCUUAAGGCAGAGAAUAGCCAGAAUAAGGUGCCAGCUCAAAGCUAUAUGUCAGCCUAGAUGCAAACAUGGUGAAUGUAUUGGACCAAACAAAUGCAAAUGUCUCCCAGGGUAUACUGGAAAAACCUGCAACCAAGCUGAGCACCUGUAUACAAACCCAACUGAUCGGCACAGUGAACCACCUCUAUUUCGCCCCCUGGAUCAUCAUACAACAAAUGUGCCUUCAAGGGAUCUAAACGAGUGUGGAUUAAAGCCUCGUCCAUGCAAACAUCGAUGCAUGAAUACCUACGGUAGCUACAAAUGCUAUUGUCUGAAUGGAUACAUGCUUAUGCCAGAUGGAUCAUGUUCUAAUGCUCUUUCUUGUUCAAUGGCAAACUGCCAAUACGGCUGUGAUGUCGUGAAAGGAGAAGUACGCUGCCACUGUCCUUCUCCAGGCUUGCAGCUAGGGCCUGACGGUAGAACCUGCAUAGACGUUGAUGAAUGUGCGACUGGGAGAGUUGUCUGUCCCAGAUUUAGGAAAUGUGUUAAUACUUUUGGAAGCUAUAUCUGCAAGUGUCAUAAAGGCUUCGACUUGAUGUACAUUGGAGGCAAAUACCAGUGCCACGAUAUAGAUGAAUGCUCAAUUGGCCAGUAUCAGUGUGGCAGCUUUUCACGAUGUUACAAUACUCAGGGAACCUACAAGUGUAAAUGUAAAGAAGGAUACAGAGGCGAUGGAAUAAACUGCCUGCCUAUUCCUAAGGUUAUGAUUGAACCAUCUCAUCCAAAUAGUAUAUUCAAGGGCAAUACUACACUACCGAAGGGCGGCAGCGGUAUGGCCAAUAGAAUUCCUGACAUCGGAGGUACAAGACAGCCCCUGAGACCACCACAUAUACCAGCUAUUAUUACAGUAAGGCCUGGACUCAAGCCAACAGUUCAACCUACACCGAAACCAACAAUAUGGCGUACACCCAAGCCAACUACUAGAUUUGUACCAAAACCAAUGACAACAAGACCACCACUGAAGCCAGCAACAAGGCCUCCAACACCUCCACAACCUACAACAUCAAAACCUGCACCAACAGCAAGAUCCCCACAGUUAACAACUAAAGAUUCUUCUCUUGUUCCCACUGAAACUACCUCUCCCCAAGGAUUUACAGUUGACAACAGAAUACAAAUAGAACCUCAGAAACCACGAGGGGAUGUGUUUAUACCACGACAGCCUGGAGUGAGCAACGAUCUGUUUGAAAUAUUUGAAAUUGAAAGAGGGAUUAGUGCAGAUGAGGAUGAAGCAAAUGAUGAUCCAGGUAUCCUGGUGCACAGCUGUAACUUCGAUAGUGGUCUGUGUGGAUGGAUCAAAGAUAAAGAUGAUGAUUUGCACUGGGAACCACUUAGAGAUCCAUCAGGUGGACAGUAUGUGACUAUCUCUGAACCCAAAGGCAAAGAGGGAAAAGUGGCACGUCUGGUCUUGCCCCUUGGGCAGUUAGCUCAUUCAGGGGACUUGUGUCUGUCCUUUAGGCAUAAGGUAUCUGGACUACAUUCUGGUCUACUCCAAGUGUUUUUAAGAAAAAAUGGUGCUCAUGGACCAGCAGUUUGGGGAAGAAAUGGCGGCCAUGGCUGGAGACAAACUCAAAUAACUUUGCAGGACUCAGGCAUCAAAAGUGUUAUUUUCAAAGGUGAAAAAGGGAAAGGCAGAACUGGGGAUAUUGGAUUAGAUGAUGUGAGCUUGAGGAAAGGCCGCUGCUCUGAAGAACAUUAGCAACACCACUAGCCUGGCAAAGAAUAUAUACAAUUUCUUUUUCCUUUUAAUCCUAUUCCUAUCAAGUUAAAAGAAACCUGUGGGCCAAAGUGGAAAAUACGGACAGUGAUCACCUCGUUAGCCCACUUUGUGCAAAUCCCAGUGAAACUCUACUUAAAAUAAUGCAAAUUGUCUGUAAGGAUGCAAACUUCAAGCCAAUAUUGGGUGUUUUUACUAUUAUUCCUUGUCCACAUACUUUGUGUGUGAUAAAGGUAUCUUGUACCAUGCCUGAAAGACGCUCAUAUUAGAGGGAUGGGAGAGCCAAGUGUGGCUAAAUGUCAUCAGAAGAGAUCUCCAGCUCACUGUGGAAGUAUUAACUGUUGUUCUGUGUUUUAGUGCUACCAUUACACUGAUGAUGAUGAUAUGCUGUGCAACUUGUCUGACUUCAUAAUUUGAAGUUAACUGAGGCCUGGACCUGAACUUUGGCUGUUUUACUGCCAUUGACUUUUAAAGAAGGGUGUGUUACAUAUCAAAUAGCAUUUAUUCUGAUGUAUCUAUAUUAACAAAAGGCAGUUAUGUAGAGUAGGUGCUGCAUCCCUUAAUAUUGCUAGUACUGUGUUGUGUAAAUGUGUGUGGUUACUAAUGUAUUUAUAUUUAGAUUCCAGUUGCAAGGUAAAUGGCAGCUGUACUUUCAAGCUAAAAUACAGUAUAUGAGCUCAGUGUGUUCUUUGACCCUGUGCUGGUGACCACUGAUAGAAAAUGUCAGGACCCUGCUAAUUUAUCUUUUGGCCCUAAAUACUAGUGUGAUUUAUUUUUAUGAGGUUAUGAUUGAGAACAAAGGGCCAGA